ACGAGUUGAUUCGACGUAAGAUUUGAGGUUAUGUUGUGUUGUGUUGACAUGUAGUUAGUUUUUGUUAAAGUUUUGUUGCAAAAAUAUGUGUUACGGUACUUUCGGACGAAUAUGUCACUGGGGGCCCUUAACCGCUUUAGGUAUCAUAAAACUGGUUAGUGGAAUGACCAUACACUGUAACGGGAUGUGGUGGCCCCCUUCGCGUACAUUAGGAGGUUUUCUUAACAGUCUUUUAUUUAUGAGCUUCUCAGGACUCACUCUGUAUAAUUUUUUAUCAUCCAUGUAUCAUGGGCCAGGGUAUUUAUCACUAAAUUGGAAACCAGCAAAGGAAAGUGACUCUGCUUACUUGCAAUGGUGUGGUGUAUGUCACGGAUACAAAGCGCCACGAUCUCAUCAUUGUCGUAAAUGUGGUCGAUGUGUGUUAAAAAUGGAUCAUCAUUGCCCCUGGAUAAAUAAUUGUGUUGGUUGGGGAAACCAUGCACAUUUUACGUCAUUCCUGGCUUUUGCCACACUCGGAUGUUUCCAUGCUGCUAUAGUCCUUGGAUGUUCACUGUAUAGAGCUCUGAAUCGCGUACAUUAUUUGUAUUAUGGCAUGGGGAAUGAACCAAUUGUCUAUUUGGGGCUGUAUGGAAUCAUCCUGUGUGUUCUUGCUUUAGGUUUUACUAUUGGUGUUGUAAUUGCCGUUGGAAUGCUUCUCAUCUUUCAGAUCAGGGCGAUUCUUCGUAACAGGACUGGAAUAGAAGACUGGAUUCUGGAAAAGGCCAAUUUCAGAAGGCGACACACCGAUGAAGUUUUUAUCUUCCCUUAUGAUUUAGGCCGGUGGAACAACAUCUGGCAAGUGAUGAAUCUUAGUUGCCAGCCUGUUGGUGACGGCAUCCACUGGCCUGUGACUGCCAACUGCGACCAAUAUACUUUGACAAGAGAACAAAUAGAGCAGAAGGACGAGAAAAGACAAAGGACUAAGAUGUACAAAAUUAUUCAUCCCGCGUCAGGAUCGUGGUUCCCGAUAACACAGGGUCUGAGAGUUUGUUGUUGUCCUCCGUGCACAGACGAGACGCGAAUUAAAUUACAAAUUGGUGAUAUGGUUUUAGUAACUAGAUGGAGAAAGUAUUGGCUGUUUGGAGAAAAAAUGCAGGAUUUGCCGCAGGACGAAGAAUCCUUGCAUAGGAUACGAGGCUGGUUUCCUCGAAGGUGUGCGGUGGAAGUGGUUGACAGUGCUAGCAACGGCGAACAAAGUGUGAGAGAGAAAAAAAUCAAAUAAGUAUUGUGGAACGUUAUGUAAGUGACAAAUGUUAGUUAAUUAUAAAAGAAAAA